AUGUCACGGCAGCUUAGUGUAACAGGAUUUUUUAAAAAGCCCAGCUCCGGUGGUCUUGAGAGAGGAGAGAAGAGAGGGAGUGAUGUACUGGAGGAUAAUGAAGAAGGGGGACCUGCAGUAACGGCUGUUCUGUCAGCGGCCCCGGGAGCGAAAGCAACAAGCAGCGGGAAGGAGGUCAGGCGGGAGUACAGGGUUCAGUGGGAGAGGGAGUUUACUUGGCUGAGGGCAGAAGGAGGCAAAAUGUUUUGCGACAUCUGCAGAAGGGCAAAAGCGAACAAUGGAUUUGUUAAGGGCUGCACGACCAUCCAGAAAUCGGCCCUCAAUGACCACAAAAGCAGCCACAGCCACAUCGAAUCCUGCGCGGUGGUCAAUCAGAGUGUGCAGAUGGAGAAGCACGUAGAAAAGUCCCAGGUUGCCUGUAACGAGGCACUAAAAACACAACUUAAGGUUGUGUUACACAUGGCAAAUACAAGUACACCGAGCCAUCAGUACCCAAAACUGAUUCAGCUCUUACAGUCUGCCGGGUGUCCAAACUUGAACACUGCACACACGUACACACACCAUGACACAGUAUACCAGAUGGAGGAAGCGAUAGCAGCGACCAUAACCUCUGCCAUAGAUGACCGCAUCGCAAGCAGCAGAUAUGUGGGGGUGAUAGUAGACGAAACAACCAACAUAACUGUUGAGAAAAUGCUCAUAACGUACCUAUCUCUUCAACAGAAUGGGGAGCCUGAAACUGUGUUCAUGGGCAACUAUGCCAUACCCUCUGGCACAGCUGAAUGCAUCGCAGCAAAAAUUAAAGAUGUGCUUUCAGGUCGUGGAGUAGCGAUGUCUCGGGUUGUUGGGUUGGGCAGUGAUGGGGCCAAUGUGAUGGUGGGACGAAAAAACGGAGUCGCACAACAGCUGCGCCAGAAUGACUAUCCCUACCUUGUAAACAUACACUGUGGUGCGCACAGGACGGCACUGGCAGCCCGAGACGCAUCAAAAGCUGUGCGUGAGAUAGAUGCUUAUGUCACCACAGUCAACAACACCUACACGUAUUACAAAAAUUCCCCCAUCCGAACCCAUAGACUGAAGGAACUCCAGAAAGAAAUGGAUGAACACGACUUGCUGAGUUUGAAGCAGCCAUCUGCUACGCGCUGGCUGUCCCUGGAGAGGGCAGUUAAGGGCAUGCGGGCAAAUUGGGUUGCUCUGGUGCUGGAGCUGGAGGAGGAGGAAGCCGCGAGAGACUGUCCGGUAGCGAAGGGUCUGAGGAGGCAGCAGCUCCAGAAGUCCACAUUCCCUGCCCUGACACACCUCCUCACUGACGUCCUGUCUGUGGUCAACAGGAUGAACCUCACGUUCCAAAAAGAGGACGUCAACAUCUCCUCCAUCCAGCCAGUGGUCAACAUGACACUUGCCAGCCUGGAUGACCUGAUAAGUGAGCCAGGGGUGGCGGAGAGAAAGUUCAACGAGGCAUCACAGGACGGCAGAUUCUGUGGCAUCACCCUCACGCAGCCAGAUGCUCAGGCCUUCUCCAAGCUGCGCUCUCAAUACCUGGCAGAGAUCACCAAGUCAGUGAAAAAAAGAUUCCCCGAAGAGCAUCUGGGAAUCAUCGCAGAUCUCGACACCGUGCUCAACGCCUCGCGCUAUCCCACAGCUGACAGCGCGUUGAAGACUCACGGACUAGAGGCAUUGGAGCGCGUCUGUGACCAAUACGGGUCACCGCGGGGUGCAGCUGCACCACUGGUUGAAAAUGACCGCAUGCAGAGGGAUUUUCUCCCGAUGAAGAGAGUGCUGGCAGGGUCGGGAAAUCCCUCGUUCAGGGGCUCCUGUCGGCUGCUCAUCACUUCGCUAGGGGAAAUGUUUCCCGAUUUUAGAGCGUUGGCUGAGGUGGCGCUGGUUAUCCCAGUGUCUAGUGUUGCAGCUGAGCGGGGGUUCAGCCUUCAAAAUAAAAUAAAAACCGCCACGAGAAGUCGUCUGUCGGAGGCAAAGGCGCAGCAUUUAAUGUCAAUCGCCUCGGCAGCAGAAUCCAUUGACACUUUUGACUACACGCAGGCAAGCGCACUGUUCAAAUCCAUGCGGCCAAGAAGGAAAGUUUGA